AUGCCACCUUCGUCAUCAAACUCAGCCGCUGCGUCGCGAAGCGCAAGUCGACGACUGAUAAAGGAGCUGGAUACAUGGAGCACUGAGCAAAAGGAAGAGAAGGGUAUCGAACGUCUUGGGCCAGUCAACGAGGGUGACUUGAUGGAGUGGGAGUCCGUCAUCAAUGGACGAGAUAUAGGCCACGGCUACGAUGAGGGGCGCUGGCUCAUCAAUAUUUCUAUCCCAUCGACUUACCCCCUCGCACCACCAAAGAUGACGUUCGUCACUCCCAUUGUUCACCCGAAUAUUGCCCUUCAAACUGGCGAGAUCUGCCUCGACCUGCUCAAGGACGCAUGGACACCUGCGUAUAGUGUCUUGGAGUGUGUUCGAGCCGUGCGCAUGUUGCUGGGCUGCCCUGAGACUGAUAGCCCACUCAACGUGGAUGUUGCGGCCCUGUUACGUUCCGGUGAUGUGCUUGGUACGAGGAAGCUAGUCGAGUUUUGGUGUCGGGAUUCUGAUGGGCGAUAUGAGGGGCCUUGA